AUGGUGAUAAAGUGGAGUGGAUAUGAUACUUACAUCGGACCUUAUAAAUAUAACCUUCCUUACAACAACGAUAUCAUCGGAAUUGAGUACCACCACUACAGUAAACUUAUGUUCGGAAUUGUAGUGCGUCUUCGACCUGGAGUUCCAUCAACCCUGAACGCUUUCUGCACCACUGAUUAUGCCAAAAAUAGCAGUCCUCGCUACUGGGGCUUCCCGAACUACGAAGUGAACCAACUGAAAGCUUCUUACUAUGGACAAACUCGAGACGCAGGUCGCCAGCUUGAGCAGAAGCAUUCCAAUUAUUCAGCUGGAUACUUCAAUUACUUCUUCGGUGGUUCUCGCCAUUCGCUACAAUAUGGAACCCAGAAGCACUAUAAGAAGACAUACAAUUCCGUGGAUGGCUUCAACAUUGUAUCUUCACAUCAUUUAAUAGUUGACAAUCGAUGCAAUCGCUUGUAUGCUCUAGAUUCGGGAACGCUGCAUUAUUCAGCAACCGAAAUUUACACUGUUCAGCUUCCAGCAAUCCUAGUAUUCGAUCUACCAUUAAAUGGUUGUCAGACUAGGAAUUUCCCAGUUAUUAGAAGGGUGGAAAUCCCUGGUUAUCUCUUUAACAACCCCGUCGGUUACAACUUCUUGUCUCUGGACCAACAACCUAAGGGCACCUGUGAUGAUGUCUACGUCUACGCUAGCAACGCAUUUGACAAUAGAGUUCUUGUGUAUGAUUACAAAAAGAAUAGUUUCUGGAACGUUGAACACACCCUUAUGAAGCCAUUUAUUGCGGAAUCUUAUAUGUUGUUCAGAGAGGAUUACAAUUAUCAACUUCCUUUAGGGGUUGUGAACAUCGCCUUAGGAUGGCCUGAUAAGAAUGGCGACCGUCCCGCCUUCUUUACGCCUGGUUCUAGUCAGGCACAGUACGUGUUCUCCUCCAAGUACCUGAAGAACCCGAAGAGCUUCUCAUACAAGCACGGCUUCAAGGACUACAUCACGUUGCUUGGGUAUCGUGGUUGCGGAUCUCAGGCUUAUCGUGAGGUCUUCGAUGAAUCCACAGGCGUGAUGUUCUUCGCCGAGAUGCAGUCCAACAAGCUGACUUGCUGGAAUACCGCUCUUCCAAUCAGUCCAGACACAGUUGGAGUAGUUUUCGAAUCUGAAGCUUUACAAUUCAUUUCGGGAUUGCUCAUUGACCCCACAGGAUAUCUUUGGUUCCAUUCCAGUCAAGUGCCAAUUGACUACCUCACGCAAAUCCCUCUUGACAUAACUGAUGUCAAUUCCAGAACAUUCCGCAUUAAAGUUCCAGACGCAAUCAGUGGCACUGUUUGCGAUACUUCUUCAUAUUAUGGCAGAAACUUACAUUCGAUAGAUUCUGAAGAGCAAUUAUAA